UUACAGUGCCAAUCUCUCCUCACAAGCAUAAGAAGUCGCAGGAGCAACUUAAACAAGAAAUACAUCGUCGAGUAAUUUUUGUAGAUAACAUUUCCUCCUCCGGUUUGGAAGCACUAGAAAAAACGAAAAAAAGGAACGGUUGUUUCCGGCUAGCGGCUUACUCUUUUUAUUUAACAAUUUUAAUAACUCUGACUUCUUCAUAUGGAUUUUUUACAAUGGCUAAGGGAAGAGCCUAUUGGGGUCGAUUAGAAGUGGGAAGACUACUUCGUGACCAAAAACGGCAAGCGAGCAAACUCAAAAUUAGAGAAAAAAGGCUAGAAAUUGUUAACAAGAAAUUGACUACCAAGAAAGAAAACAUUGAGGCUGUUGAGAGAAAAUUGCAGCAAGAAGAAAAAAGAAUAAGUGAAUUCGCUAAUCAAUUAUUCCGAAAAGAGGAAUUAUUUACUCAACAGUUAGCAAUAAGUUCUCAAAAAGAAAAAACUAUCCGCACCGAAAUGGAAAAGGUUAAGGAAAUAAAAGAGCGGGUCAUGGGUGAACUGGAAGGAAUAAUCCCUCUGAGUAAAGAAGAAGCCAAAAAAGACCUUUUAACCUUAUUAAGAACCGAAGUGGAUCGUGAAUUAGAGAGAUAUAAGGAAGAAAAAAUCAGGCAGAGCGAAAGAAUUGCCAAAGAAGAAAGUGCAAAAAUUAUUUGUCUGGCUCUGGAAAAAUGCAGCUCAGAGUUGGUUUUCACUAAAACCACGGACACUUUACAAGUAGAGAGCCCUCAAAUAAUCAGUAAAAUAAUCGGCAAAGAUGGAAGAAAUAUCAAUGCUUUUCAGCGAAUUACUCGCACCGAGUUGAUUAUUGACAAAGAAAGCGACGAAUUGACUAUUCAAAUUUCUUCUUUUCAAUAUUUACUGAGAUUCAUGGCUCUGCUAACUCUCCAAUCUUUAAUUAAGGAGGGACGCUUUUCUCCGCUUCAAAUUGAAAAGACUUAUCAAAAAGUGGUUUCUGAAACUCAAGAACUUAUUGUUAAAACUGGGACCGAGGUCGUGGAAGAGUUGGAAUUAAGUAAUGUUCACCCCGAAUUAAUUAAGCAUUUAGGAAAAUUAAAAUUCCGCACUAGUUACGGUCAAAAUGUGCUGGAACAUUGCCUAGAAGUAGCCAAAUUAGCCGGCAGCAUUGCAGCAGAGUUAGAUUUAGAUGUUCUUUUGGCCCGACGAGCCGGGCUUUUACACGAUAUUGGAAAAGCAGUAGAAGACGAGGGAGACUAUUCUCAUGUUCGCAGCGGCAUAA